CUUAGCGCCCUCUGUCGUCAGCUGAUUAAGCAAAAGGCAUACAUCCAAUUGGAACAGUUCUCGGCUCAGCCAUGUAGCAGCUGUUUAAAACUAAUAUCUUUUCGACCAUAAAUUCAAAUUGGAAAUUUCAAGUUUUUAACAGCAGCCUUUAAGACUAAGUUCGCCAAAAUACGAUGUGGGGGCUAUUGAAUGAAUGCGGUCAUCGAUUGUACCAACUGGGCCGACAAAAAUUACAAAAUUUGGCUGGACGUUGUAUGCACCAUAUGAGGCCAGAUGCACUUCGUAGACAGAGCACAAGGCAGAGCGAAUCUAAAUGGAACUCAGACGAGUCGCAACGGAAACUACGCUGGGGCAUUGCGCCCGUCAAUCUCUUGGCCGAAGACUUUGCCACCGCAAUCAGGGUUUUGCCACCGGACAGCCACUGCAUCACCGCCUGCAUGGACGCUUAUCGAUCACAGGCACUCACCUUUGCCAAUCGCUAUCAGGUGCCCAAUGUUUUUACCAGCUUUGAGGAUCUGGCACGUUGCCCAGAUGUUGAUGCCGUUUAUAUAUCUCCGCUGAAUUGCAUGCACUGCGAGCUGUGUCACCUGAUGCUCAACCAUGACAAGCACGUCCUAUGCGAACAGCCACUCUGCAUGGAUGAGCAGCAAGUGGUUCAACUUGUGGGCAAGGCUAAGGCACGUGGUUUGUUUCUGAUGGAGGGUGUCUGGUCGCGCUGUCUGCCCGCCUAUCAGUGCUUGCGCAGCGAGAUCAUGAAACAGAAACUAGGCACAGUCUAUGACGUGAAGUGUCAAUUGGGCUGGCGUCUGCCUAUCGCCCAGUCCAGCAGGGCGACCUAUGCGGGCGUGACAAAGAACUGGGCGGCUGACUGCAUACAGCUAGCUUUAUGGAUCUAUAGGGAGGUGCCGAUGUUUGUGAAGGCUGCGGGCAAGCUCAAUGAUGGAGGCGUUGAUGUAGCCGCCGAAAUAGAACUGUGGUUUAAGAACAAUCGGUGUGCUAUCCUGGAACUCAGCGCCGAGAAGAAUCUGGAGAAUAUGGCCAGCAUACGCGGUACCAAAGGCUCCGUCACAAUGAACUGCUUCUGGUGCCCCACAUUAUUGCUAUUUAAUAAUAAGAAAAUCAAGUUCAAAUUGCCAAGUACUGAUCGGCCAACGUACUUCGAUAGCCGUGUUGGCAUGUGCUACGAAAUGGAGGAGAUGCGCCAAUGCAUACUUAAGGGACGCACAGAGAGCAAGCUGUUUAAUCACGGCGAGAGCCAAUUAAUGAUCAAUCUAAUUGGUCAAGUCACGGACAUGCUGGCAGUCAAGGGGCAACACAUAAACGUCCAGAGCGUUGCGGCAGUUCAGUAAAACGCUGACGGGUUGUGUCAAAUACUCUACCUUAAGAACUUUGUCUUAUUUUAAAAUCUUUUGAUUAUUAAAAUUUGUAAACAAUGUUAAAA